AUCAUACUUGGCAGCAGGACGGCUUGCAUUGGGGAGGAGCCUGCUGUUUCGACAGCAGGACAGACUGAAGGACAAACAGCCAGAGGAGAAAGAGAAAGUGGACCAGAAGUCGAUCACCACAGAGAAGAAGGACAAAAAUCCCACCUGAUCAUCCAUCAGGACGAAAGUAGGGAUGGCUGCGUCUGCCUCGUCCAUGGUGGCACGGCGGGUCCUCGCUGCUGCGUCACAUGGCCAAGAGGGAGGAGUAAAGACCUGGAAGAUGCUGACGUACUUGGUGGCCUUGCCCGGCGUGGGUGUGUGCAUGGUCAACGCUUACCUGAAGAUGACCGCUCACGCUCACGAGCCACCGGAGUUCAUUCCAUAUCCACACCUGCGCAUUCGCACCAAGCCUUGGCCCUGGGGUGACGGAAACCACUCUCUUUUCCACAACGCUCACACCAACCCCCUGCCCACCGGUUACGAGGGCUCUCACCACUGAGCGCAGCGCCACCUGGUGUCCAAGUUUAACUGUGCACCCUAAAACCUGUCCCAUCGUCUCUCUCCACCAGUCCACUGCACAGCAGCUCAGCAUCUGGAUGGAGAGAGGAGCUGUCAGCUUUGACACAAAUAAAGCACCUUUUUUGUAAACAUGA